GAGCUUAUUCCAUAUGGACAAGCUAUAUUUGAAGAGCUUGAACCGGAAACUCAGGAAAGAGUCAUGCAAACAAUACGCGAAGACUCAAAUACAAACUAUGACAAAAUCUUUCUAGGAUAUAGGUUACCUGAGAUGGGCGACCAGAGCCCAAAGGCAAAAAGGACAUGGGAAAUUUACAACAUACUAGGUGAACAUGAGGCAAAGAUGCAACAACUUGAAGCAGAGGGCAAGUUACCAAAAGCGACACCAAAGAAGAAGAGAAGAGUAGAACAAAGUGAAAGUAGUGAAGAAGUAACUUCAUCUAGUGAAAGUAGUGGCAAUGAAGGAAAAAGAAGAGUUAAAAACUCAGUCAGGAAGAAAGUAAAGCUUGGUCCGAGUGGGUUCUAUUAUGACACAUAA